AUGGAGACAGAACCCGACAGGAUGUAUGUCGACCGCGUCCGCCACUCACCUUCCGGUGUUGUCUGGGGGGCGACGCUUUUUGUCUACGACGAGGACAUUGAACAGGAAACAUCCCAACUAGACGAACCCCCAAGAGUUCCCAUCGAUAGCAAUAUUAUCCUUAGGUCCCAACUCGAGUUGCACGGAGACAUUCGAGAAUACCUAAGGAAAUGGCUGGAUACCAACCCCAAUGAUCUGGACCCCGUGCGCCGAUCUGACUCCAAGCAUCGGCCAUUGGAAUUACCAGGUAAAUCAGUUGGCACAAUGCCUAACGGCCGCGACGCAAUCGAUUCCUGGGGCGACCCGAACAAGCUGAACCAGGACGCUGGGGAUAAAGAGGAAUUUGAAGGUGAACACCUCGAGCAGGGUGACUUAAUCGCCCGAUUGAAUUCAGACGGAGUGUUCAAUUACGGAAUCUACGUGCGCUCUGUUCACAAACAGAAACAGUUCUACAAUAGCAACGGGAACUGGCGCAUCUGCUCCAACGCAGAGCUCGACUAUGUUAUCAAAGGAUUUGCACCUACUGAACUUGUCGAGCCUCUCACACCCUGGUUCCCGGAUAAUGAGGCUAUCGUAAGCCAAGAUAUUCAGGUGACCCCCGAGGGAGGUCUUCCGAGGCCACUGGGUGCUCCUCUUCUGAGGAUGAUGGGCAACUUCAAGACUCAUAUCUUGAAAUUCUAUAGAGAAAACUCUCAGAUAUUGGACAAUCUUCAUGAUCAGGUGGCAGAUGACACCGAAGUUCUCUGCCUGAGCCUUGAAAAGUUGACAAUGACUGCUCUUGGCAUCGAGGAGUCGGAGCUGACUAGCGUCAACAUGUUUGCUGUUCAUCAGGCUGUUCGCCGGCAUCCUUUCCUCAUCGAAAAAGAUGGCAGCUCCUUGUUCAGCCGGAUGUAUAUCGUGCAACCAAAACGGAUCGCCAAGGUUGUCAAACAGGUUGUCGACUGGACUCAUGAACACCAAGAGCAUUGUGUUCGUGCCGCAAUGCGCAAAGAUACCCAGGCGUCCAAGGAUCACCCCAUGAACCGAUUUAUCGCCAAAGCACAGCGGCUGAUUCGCCUUAGCAGAAGGCUCCGCUCUCCGACUAUCAUGUCCAGCGUGGGACCAUCCUCCAACAGAUAUUCGCCUGGUCAGGAUGGAAACCCAUUGGUGUACCGCGAACUUCCCACCGAAAAGUUCAGCGCAGAUGACUCAGUAAUCAUUGAAUACCUGAAGCUGUACUCGGUCCCUGCUAUUGUCAUGCCAUCGGGCACUUUGCGAUCGACAGCAACACAUAUCAUGCGUGCCACAGGGAUGUACAAUACUCUUGGUCUGAGUGAGGCUUCAACCCGUCUUUUGUUGCAGGAAAUCGGCAUCAUAGCCCCUUGGGAGAAUCUUCUACCCCUUGACCAGUAUCUGAUGCUUCCUGGGCAUGGCGUAUCCCUCGCAAAGGACAUGGAGUUGGAAGAGAUUGAGGAGUAUUGCAGCAAACUCACUGCCGAUCAGUUGCAAGAUUCUAUGCAACACCUGAGAAAGGAUUGGGGAGAUAUGCCAGUUUACUGUGUGGAUGAUGUGACGGCGCAAGAAAUUGAUGACGGUAUAUCGCUGGAGCCCAUCCCAGGAUCUCAUGAUACAUUCUGGGUGCAUGUCCACGUUGCCAACCCCACAGCCUUUAUUGGGCAUGACAACCCGAUCAUCCAGUAUGCAGCCUCACGACUCUUCACCAGCUACAUCCCGGAACGCACAUAUCCCAUGCUUCCAAAAUCUCUCACUGAACCUCACUUCAGUUUAGCGGCUGGUCGGCCGGUACUCACAUUCAGUGCGAAGAUGAAUCGUCGAGGAGAGAUCUUGGAUAGUAAGAUCCAAAACGGGACAAUCCACAAUGUCAUCAAUCUGACUCACAGAACACUCCGCGACUUCUUCGACCCCGAUUCCGAAGAACAGUUGGAGUCACUCACCAUAGGUGGCGUAUUCACCGAGCCACCCAUACCACAUGGUAAAACAAUCCAACAAGGCCUUCGGCCCGAGGACAAAGAUAGAUUCCACAUCUUGCGUCAACUCAUGCUCGCAUUCCGCCAAACUCGCAGAAACAAUGGCGCCAUGGACCUCACUCCUCUUAGCCCAGAUGUUUCUGUCUCAGUCCAGUCAGGCAACGCCCCGAUGCCGCCAUACGAUUUAGAAGCCACAACCGGACGUCACUAUCUCGGUGAUCCAGUCAUUCGGCUCAAUAUGCAUACAUAUGAUCCAUACGACGUUCGCGACCAAUCCCGGGAUAAUUUGGUCUCCCUGAUUAUGAAUCUGGCUGGGCAUAUCUCCGGCCAAUUCUGUGCCGCACGCAACAUCCCCGUUAUCUACGACGGCACAUGGUACGACCCGGAAUACGGACGCGUCACCAACAAGAACCUGGCCAAUUUUGGCGGUGAGGGUUUCUAUGAGCUCAGCGUGCCGCUGGCCUACUCUUCCACAAUCCCAACUAAGCACCACACCCUGGGCUUGGAUACUUACGUCAAGAGUACCAGUCCACUGCGCCGAUACACGGAUGUUAUUGCGCAUUACCAGAUUGAGGCAGCAUUGCGUUUCGAGCAUGAACACAGCCGUCAGUUUGACGCUCUUGUUGAUAGCCCCGAUCCUGCAGAGAUCGACCUAGUGGAGACAGAACUGGCAGAGACUGCCACUGAAAUUACCCCAAAUAACACAAACACCGCUCCCACCUCUCUCCUCCCCUUCUCCAAGUCUGAAAUCGACGCACACCUCAUCUACUCCCAACCCCUGCGCAGACGUCUCAGAAAUCUCGACAAAUACUCCACACAGCAUUGGGCUUGUAUGCUGCUCUUCCGCGCAUUCUACUUCUCCGAGUGCACUCUCCCCAUCACAUUCCCAUGUCUGCUACGCACCCCGCGCAUCAGGCCUAAACAUAUGGACGAUGAGUAUGCCGGCGUCAUCACUAAUCUUGGCGUGAACUGCUCGGUUACCAUUCCCGAUGAUUUCCCAGAUAAAGAUAAGCUGGAUAUCUUCUGCAUGGUCGAAGCCCAUAUCACUGCCGUUGAUAUGUCAUCUUUACAGGUGACUAUGGAGGCGACCAAGUUUAUAAAGCCGUUUGAGAGGAAGGGCGAAUGGGCUUAA